UGGGGCGCGAGCGAGCGAGGAGUCGUCGUGCGCCGGCUGCCUCCACACACUGGCGACCAGCCGCGCUCCCGGGUUCGCGACGCCGUUGGGCAGUGGGUGCUAGUCGUGAGUGAUCAUGGUGACCAACAAGGAGAAGGAAAUUAUUAUUGACGCCAUUCGGGUCCUGCGCUCUCGCCGCGUCAGGCCCAGCGCUCGGAAGAUCGCUUGGUAUGCGAGGCGCGAACACCUCCUGUCGGAGGCGACGACGGAGGCGGUGCUGGACGAACUUGUGGAGUCCGAGGAUGUGCUGCGAGUGGAAUACAAGGGCGCCACGUCGUACCGAGUGGCCGCAUCGUGGUCCAAGGCGGCCCUGGUGCGCCGCCGGCCCACCCGCACCAAGGUGAAUGUGAUGAACAGCGAGUCCACUUGCCGGGCGCUGCGUCUGGCUGUGGCGUCGUGCGGGCCGGGGGGCGCCAGCAAGGAGGACAUCAAGGACAAGCUGGUGGCGUGCGGGCAGAGCCGCCUCGUGGACAAGCUGGACGUGCUCCUCCAUCGCGAGAUCCGGGCGGGGACACUGCUGCGGGUGGAGACCACGCACCGCACGGCUACCCUCAUCACGUACGUGGUGCCCGCCGACGCCCCCGCGCCCCCCGCCUCGCCGCCCUCGCCCGCGCUCGAGGAGGACGAGGCGGAGGACACGGACGCCGCAGAGGAGAUCCUGGAGGAGGCCGACGAUGACGAGGGCGCGGCGCAGGCGGCCGUCUUGCCGCACAGCUUCCUGGAAAUCAAGACGGAGGCCAACGGCGCGGCGGAGGACCAGGGCCAGCAGGGGCAGGACGGGCAGGCGCCGCCGCAGGCCGUGCUCGUGCCCCCGCCCUCGCCCUCGCCAUCGCCCCACGGCACCGCCUCGGCCGCCGCCGCCGCCGCAGCCGCCGCAAACACAAUCAGGCGCGGCAUGGGCGGCCUGAGGCGUGGGCGGCGCGGGCGGCCUCCCCUCAAGAGCUAUGCCAUCCCGCCGCCAUCCUCCUCCAGGGGAAGGACGCCCUCGCGAAGGAACAAGAGAGCCAAGAAGGUAUUCGACCCGAGUGAAGGGGGACUGGGAGUGCCAGGGCGUAAGAAGGCUGUAUACCGGUGCGAUGUAUGCUACCAGACAGUUAACCAGCACAGUGUUCAGGAGGACCUGUUGGUGUGCCACCGGUGCUCAGCCAGAGCACAUCCAAGCUGCAUGGGCUACAGUGCAGAGUUGGCCGUUCGCAGCCGCUUGGGGCCGUGGACCUGCAUGGACUGUAAACAUUGUGCCAUUUGUAAUAUGGACCAUAAUAUUGGAACCCUCAUCUUCUGCGAUGAGUGUGACCGCGCCUACCACCUGACCUGCCAUCAGCCGCCCCUCAGUGAACAGCUUCAAGGGUCCUGGAUUUGUUAUGCUUGUUCGCCUCAGUCCGCGCAGAAUUCCUAUGACUGUUUGCCUGGACUACCCAUGCCCAGAGACUCCCCUGUACCUGAUGAUGAGAGCCGAGGUUCCAGUGGUUCCUGGGACAACAAUAUUUAUGACCCGGAGAUCCCAAAUGUAACACACUGGACUGUGGACCAAAUUAUAGAGUACUUUGAUGAGAAGGGCUUCAAAAGUUUUUCCGAUGUCUUCAGAGAACAGGAUAUUGAUGGCACAGCGCUGCUGAUGCUGACCCGUUCGGACGUACUAAUGGGGCUGAACCUGAAGCUGGGUCCUGCCCUCAAGAUCUACAGACAAAUCCGAAUCCUUCAGACUAGGCUGACUAACCCUCCCUUGCCAUAAAUAUAUAGAGUGUAGGUCUAUGUCUUCUUUCUUAUGUGUAAGAACUCCACUGUGGUAAAGAUGUGAUCUCUGUAAACAUUGAUUUUUUUUUUUUUUCUCUCUCACCCUUUUAAGUUAUAUUCUUGAUAUUAUCUCUUAUAUCUAUUAUCUAAUAUUUACAUUAUUAUAUUGUAUUUCUUCUUUCUUGAUAGUAAUCUAUUUUUAAUUUUUUCUCUUCUCUCCAUUCCUCCAUCAUUGGCUGUUAAGACAGUUUGCAUUCCUUCUUGGAAUGGGAAAAAAAAGAAAAAGAAAUGGCAAUUUGUCACUUUAUUUUCUAUUGUUUUUUGUACCUUGAGGACAUAGUAAAACAAUGUGUAUAUAUUAUAUUUUAUAGUAUACGCUUUACAUCUGGCUGAUCUUUGGACAAGAUUUAUGCUAUCCUUGUUAUAGAGGAUUGACGUAGGUCUGUGCACGUCAUUUUCAUGUUCUCAUCUCGUUACAUUGUUGUAAUUGGCAUCUCCCCUCCCCCAUUUGUGAGGAGGAGGGCUGUCAAAUUUCGCUGCCAUUUGUAAAUUUUUUCACAAGUUUCUCCCGUUGUGAUCUUUCAUAUCAUGUAGAAUAAUCUCACUCUUUAUCUGUUGUUAUUUUGCCUAAGUUUUGUCAUUUACUUUUUGGUCCAAAUGACGUCUUGUUUUUCUUUUUUUUUCAUGUGAAAGUAAAGGUAAUGUUUUUUUGUUGUUUUUUUCCUUUUAUUUUUUGGGUAAUUUAUACUUUAUAUUAUAAUAAAAAAUACAGAUUUGGGAAUGUUCCAUUGGCUUUCUUUUAAGCUGUGAUUUAUAGUGGAUAUCUGCCUGUUAACACCACAAUGCUUGUCCAUAAUGCAUUCUGUAGAUCUUUAUAUUUUUAUUAUUUAAACAAAAUGUAUGUCUAUGUAUUUUUAUUUUUUAUUAUUUAAAAAAAGUGUCCAUUUUUUUCAAUUUAUAAAGAGAUCUGAAAAUACUUGUGUGUAAUUUUUGUGAAUACUAAUUGUAUAUGAGAUGUUUUUUGUAAUAUUUGGAUUUUUAUGAAACUGAAAGGCUUUGAUAUAA